AAGAGGCCUUAGAAGCCGGCACAGGGAUGUCAAGGAGUUCGAAGGCAGUGCUGGGCCUCUUGGCAAUGAUGCUGAUGGCAGCCACAGUGGCUAGCACGCAUCUGGAGCAAUGGCAGGACCAGCAACAGCUUCAUGUUGGAGUGAUCAGAGACACUGAGAGACAAAAUCAGAAAAAAGUAAACAUUCAUCUCUGGGGAGAACAGAUUAUUUUAACUGAGCAACUUAAAGCAGAAAGAUAGAAGAUGUU